CGUGAAGUCAAUUUUUCGUCUCCCCUGACUCGGAGUCCCCUCAACCAAAUUGUGCAGUAUGUCUACUGCAGUGCCUGCAGAAGCAUCUGCAGCAGUGCUACAACCUUCUGAACCCAUCUCAGACUCUGCGAUUUCUGUACAAGGGCCCGAUCUCGAGAAAAAUUUGUCCCUUCAGGAACUUCUUAAAAGUUACGAACGUAUCGGAUUUCAGGCAAGCAGUCUCGGAAGGGCAAUUGACAUCGUUAACAGAAUGCGGAAAUGGCGUCUAUCUGAUCAGCCCAUCUCGGUUGAUGAGUCUGAAGAUUACCUUUCUCCAGAGAUCAGAGCUCAGACACGAUGUGACAUCUUUCUGGGGUACACAUCCAAUCUGAUUUCAUCGGGUUUGCGCGAGGUCAUUUUGUACCUCGUCAAGCACAAGCACGUUGCUGCGAUUGUUACAACUGCAGGUGGGAUCGAGGAGGAUUUCAUCAAAUGUCUCGGGAAGACUUACUUGGCCGACUUCAAUAUGGACGGCGCCGACCUACGGAGCCGAGGAAUGAAUAGGAUAGGGAAUCUUGUCGUUCCUAACGAUAAUUAUUGCAAGUUCGAGGACUGGCUGCUGCCCAUCCUGGAUACCAUGUUGGCUGAACAGCAGGCAACCGGUGAGGUAUGGUCCCCAAGCUCAUUCAUUCGACGACUGGGAAAGGAAAUUAAUAACGAAGAAUCUGUUUACUAUUGGGCUUAUAAAAACGAUAUACCCGUGUUCUGUCCCGCCCUCACUGACGGCUCGCUGGGGGAUAUGAUAUAUUUUCAUUCCUUCCGGAAUCCCGGGUUUAUAUUGGAUAUCGUUCGCGACAUCCGGGCAUUGAACGAACUCUCCAGAAAAUCAAAGAAAGCUGGGAUGAUUAUCCUCGGUGGAGGAGUUUGCAAACAUCAAAUCGCCAAUGCAAUGCUAAUACGAAAUGGUGCCGAUUAUUCUGUAUAUAUUAACACAGGUCAAGAAUUUGAUGGCUCAGACUCUGGUGCCCGGCCAGAUGAGGCGGUCUCCUGGGGUAAAAUCCGUGCCGAUGCGGAGUCUGUCAAGGUGUUCGCUGACGCGACGCUAGUAUUUCCGCUUCUUGUGGCUGCAACAUUUGCUCAAGAUUAGCCCUCAUCAUGCACUGUACGAUAUAUAUCGGAACGCAUUCCUUCAAUCGCAAGACAAGUGAUGUGAUAUAAAUAGGGUUCCAUGACGGGAGACUAGACUAGACACUAUAGAAAAGGAAAAGAACAAUUACAGCGUAGGGUCACUUG